UAAGGAAUGAAUAUUAAAUAAAUUAUAGAUAUAUUAUUACCGGAGAUGCCAUUACCUUUACAUCCUUUUAUUCGGGAGGUUACAGAGAUUAAAGAGAAGAGAUUUAGAUUAAUUCAACAUAUUACACAAAUUUAUGAUGGAGAUAUUCACUGGCUUAACAUUAUUUUUUUAAAAAAGAAUCAAAUUGAUGCAUAUUUCAAUGUUAAACCAGCUUACAAAAAGACACAAUCUUAUCAUAUGCUUGGAUAUUUACUUUCUUCUUUAAUACCACCAUCAACGUCACAAACAUUUGAGGAUUAUUUAAAAAACUAUCUUACAAUCCUUACAACAUGGAAAACUGCAACACGAGAUUUUGGAACAUGGACGCCUAAGAUGAAGGCAUUUUUUGGAUCAAAAGGAUCUCGUAAAAGUAAUUUUAAUAUAGAAAAUUACAAUUUUGACGAGGAAGAAAGUAUUAUUAAAACAUUAACACAUCCUCAUCUACCUUUUAUGCCAUCAUAUACACAGACGGUUCUUGUAUUAUGUGAUCUUUUACGAGAGACAUAUACAGUUAUGACAAACAUUAUUUUAAAUGCAGGAUGUAAUCGUUUUAUUGAAACAUUCUAUAGAAUUGAUAAUAAGGUUAAAAAGAUUCUUGAAACUAUGGCAAAAGAUAUAGAAGCGUAUGCACGAGAAAUGAUUAAAAAAGAAUUGAAUAGUUUAAUGCAAUUAUCAGAUACAGAAGAAGAAUCGAAUAAAACAUCUAUUUAGAUAAUCAUAAACGAAAAAUCCGUAAUAUUAAUAUAAAUUAGCGAAA